CGUUGCUGGAAUGUUUGGUUGAGUUGAUCGUCCCGCGCCGGUUAUGGGCGCAGAGAACUAUAAAAAUUUGCAGAAGAACAAGUACGGAAAAAAUUCAAGAUGGCCAGCAUGGAAAACUCGUGCCACAUCGAAAAGUUGUCCAACAACAAUUACGAAUCAAGCGUGCUGAUCAGCAACAAUCUAUGGACGUAUGUAAAUGGAAGCAAUGUUAAAAAUGAACAAAAUGAAGUAGAAUGGACUUCCAAAGACGAGAAAGCAUUGGCUUUAAUAAUACUAAGCACAAAGGAAAAUCAGUUGAAUCACAUCAAAAGGGCAAAAACAUCCAAACAAGCGUCUACGGCAAAAGGCAGUUCUGUACGAACAAUUAUACCGGAUGAAGAAGAAACCAUAACAAAAAAUGGCGAAACACGUGGGCGAUUUCGUGAACCUGACAGAGAAAUUAGAAGAGGCAGGGGUAUAUAAUUCCCGGACGAGCUUUUGUUUAUCAUGUUAUUAAACUCGCUAUCUGACAAAUACGAA